AGCUUUCAAGCUUUGUGCUAUGGUCGAUUAAAUUGAGGUGUUAUAACAUAUUUUAUUACAUAGAGUGCAUACACUUUUUAAAAUAAUCAUAACUAAACAUUCAUAUAAAAUGGUGAUAUUUUGACGGUAGUAAGUGAGUUCUACCACAGAGUGUUCAUAUAGUAGAGUUAUGGCUGGUGAUUUCAGAAGUGUGAGGACAUCGUUAUGCUAAUUUACUUCCCAUGUUACCGGGUUUCACCUAUCUACCUGGUGUUGGAAGGUGCGUUAAACAAUCGGAGUGUCGGUAGAGAUGGUGAAGUGAGCGCGGCGAGAUGGUGCCGUGUGUGGUAGCGCUAUUGCUUCUUGCCCGGGCCCUGCUUUUGCACGCUCUGGAUAUAUCUCAAUGUAUCGCGCCGCUCGGCAUAGAGAGUGGGCUAAUCCCGGACCGAGACCUUACAGCCAGCUCGUCCUUCAACGAUGGCAACGUUGGACCGCAGAACGGACGAUUAAAUCAAGAAAUAAAGGGUGGCGCAUGGUGUCCUAAGUCUCAAAUCACGACUGAAUCGACCGAGUGGCUGGAGGUAGACCUUCACUCCGUUCACGUGAUCACAGGGGCCGGUACGCAGGGCAGAUUUGGCAACGGUCAGGGUGCGGAGUACGCGGAGGCCUACGUCUUAGAGUACUGGCGACCGAAGCUCGGCAAAUGGGUGCGGUACCGCGCCGCUGAUGGCCAAGAGAUACUAUCCGGCAACACGAACACUUACCUGGAGAAGAAGAACCAUCUAGAACCACCGAUAUGGGCGUCGAAGAUCCGCUUCAUACCCUACAGCUCCCACCGACGCACUGUUUGCAUGAGGGUCGAGCUCUACGGCUGUUAUUGGAGCGUUGGCAUCGUUUCGUAUUCAAUGCCGAAAGGCGACAAAAGGAGCAACGGUGUCGAGCUGACCGACAUGAUAUAUGACGGGCAGUGGGGUGACGAGUUGCGAGGCGGGUUGGGACAGCUCGUCGACGGGCAGUUCGGUGGUGACGAGAUACGGGAGGCGGCUAAGACCUCCGCCUGGGUGGGGUGGCGUAACGACUCGAGACCGAAUCCCCCUGUCAUCAUUUUCGAAUUCGAUAAAGUGAGGGAGUUCAGCGCGGUGCACUUGUACUGCAAUAAUAAGUUCAUGAGGGAUGUUCAGGUGUUCUCCGAGGCUAUCAUAUCGUUUUCCAUCGGAGGGCGACACUUCCAAGACGAGCCAAUUCGCUACACGACGAAUGAGGACAAUAUCUUCGAAAGUUCUCGAAACGUAAGCAUCAAGCUUCACCAUCGCAUCGGGAAGUGGGUGCGGAUCGAACUCCAUUUCUCGGCGCGAUGGAUACUCAUCAGCGAGGUGCUGUUCGACUCUGAUGUCGCUCAAGGAAACUACACCCCAGAGAUCCUUAAGCCCACCGGUGCGAAGGACAAAACGAAAGCACCUCCCACAAAGGACUUGCCCAUAUCCACAGCGCACCAAGAAGACCCGCUGUACAUGGCCAUCGUUGUGGGAGUCUUAACGGCGCUCGUGAUACUCCUGGCCGUCGCAGUCUUCCUCAUCAUUCAUAGACAUAGACACAGGAAAUGCUUCGCUUCACCGCUAGCUAAAACUACUAUAGCGCAGAAGAGGACAGUCGCAGACAAUUAUAACCCUUGUGGUACUUCCAUGCUGCCCGACAAUAAGAUGAUAAUCGACUGCCCGCUGGACGUCAAGUCCGAUGAGUACCAAGAGCCGUAUCAGGCCCUGAAGUGCGCUCCGUAUUUUAGUUACAGUACAGUCUUGCUCGAGAUGAAGGAUUUCGUUAAGGAUUCCAACACAGCCUUGUCAGACAGCUCCAACUACGACUACGCUGUGCCGGAACUUAGUUCGGCCCCUCUUCUCACUAAGCGGAGGUUAGCAGACAGUCUCUCCGACCGCGCCACCGAGCUCGUCAGCGACCAUAUGGAGACCCUCGACCUCGACACCAGGCGGUCAGCAGCCGGUUCGAUACGUUCGAAGCACAGCACAAGGUCCCCCAGUCAACAAGAGGUGCUGAUCGAUCUGAAGCGUCGCUUGGACAACACCAACGUCAUCGAAUUCCCGAGACACCGACUCCGCAUGAUCUCGAAGCUGGCUGAGGGUGCAUUCGGCACUGUAUACGUAGCGGAAGCAGAUGGCGUGCCGGAGUAUAACGGUACCAUCACCUCGGAGAAGCGGCUGGUGGCAGUCAAGUUCCUCUGCCACGACGCUUCCGCGAAGGAGAGGUAUAUCAUGGAGGAUUUCGAGAGAGAUGUACGCAUUCUCGCUGCGCUCUCGUCGCCUCAUCUCGCGAGAGUGUUGGGAGCAUGUCGAUCCCCACCACUGGCUGUCGUCUUAGAGUACUUGGAACUAGGUGAUUUGUGCGCGUUCCUCCGCACGUCUCCCCCCGGGAGCGUCAGCACGGGCACGUUAUUGCACAUCACGACGCAGAUCUCGGCGGGCAUGCACUACCUGGAGUCGCUCAACUUCGUUCAUCGAGACCUCGCUACGAGGAAUUGUCUAAUUGGGAAGGGCUAUCAAAUAAAAAUAAGCGAUUUCGGCACCGACAACGAGACUUACGCGUGCGACUACUACAAGGUCGACGGCAGGAUCCCGUUACCACUGCGGUGGGCGGCGUGGGAGUCCGUGCUGAGGGGGAAGUACACCACCAAGAGCGACGUGUGGGCUUUCGCGGUCACUCUGCACGAGAUAUUCACAAUCUGCAGGAGGCGCCCCUACGAACAUCUCACGGAAGCUGAGGUGUUAGAGAACCUUUCUCAUCUCCAAGCUGACGACGGCCUCUUCGAAUGCAUCGACCGCUGCCCCGGUCUGCCGCGAGACAUCUACGAGCUCAUGUGUGAAUGUUGGAGACGUGACGAACUGGAGAGGCCGACCUUCGCGGAGAUUCAUCUGUUCUUACAGAGAAAAGGCCUCGGAUACGCUACCUCGUGACUGGCGGUCCCCCCGGGGUACCUUUGGACUUAGCCGGCUAGCUGUGGGUGCGGUUGUUACGAUUGAUUCUCUUACCAGGCCGAUUCUAUUACUCCUUCACUAUUAAAGCGUAACGUGGAACAAAAGUUAACUGUGUCGUAAAUCGAAUUACGAAUCAGCUAAGUUUUGAUCACAAGCACAUAUUGAAACCGUUGGAACAAUAACUGGACAUAGUUUGAGCUGCGUCUCCACAAAGAGGAAAAUAGGCAACUUUUUGAUAACGUUUCCAUAUUUAACUUAAGUUGUCAACAAGAAUUGUUAUUUUGUAAUUGUUGAUAACUUUUGGGUGCAUAACAACCCGUUGCGAACACAGAAAUUGCCAACUAUUUGAAUUACCGUAAACAAAAUGUCUAUUGUAAAUAUUAUAGACCCCGUGGUCUAUGCUCUUGGUCUAUGGGAUGCGUCAAGUGUUCGCUUUAAUGGUGGGGAAGUGUGGAGUCCCCCUCCCGAGCUGAGAUACCGGAUUUUGUUUGAAUACGUUUAUUGUAUGUAUUGCUUUACUUUAUAUCGACGGGCUAUAUAUUAUGACAUCCUAUAUAAAAAUAUAUCGUGUUAAAUUAAAUUAUUUAAUUAUGUUUUAGAUAGAUAUGAAUUUACAUUUAAUUUGGAAAAUUCGCAAUCGCUACAAUUUUCCAUUCACAUUUGUCGGUUAAGAGAAAACAUCGAAUGAUAGUUAGAGUAACUGAACACAUCUGGACGUUUUUUAUCGGACCGAUGGGGCCGCAACGGUUGUACGAUUAUCGCUCGCAAUCACGAUCGCAUUGAGGUACGGAGAUAUCUUAAUUGCAAGAUUACCGAAAGACUGAAAUUGUGUUAGAUUACUCUGAUCUUUAGUCAGUUUAGACUAAAACUAAAGCCUGCAGAUGUGUUUAUUGUUUAGAAAUGAUUUGUGUAAACCGGCAUCUUGGCUUACGAUGACCUGGACGUAUCCGGGAUGAUUAGAUAAAUUUGAUCUUACAUUAUUUAUAUAUUUAGAUAGUGUGUCGCGCUACAAAAUAACUAAAACAAUCGAGCCAACUUUAUUAUCUUUGUGUGCGUGACAGCUACGCUUGACUCUCGCCAAACGACAUAAUACUUUACUAGUGCGCGUGUACUUAGUGACCAACUGUUGGCCACUAUUUAUUUCGACGCGUUCUCGUAUCUUGAUAUAUAAAUAAUGAACGAAUUUGACAUUAUAUCGAGUGUAAGUAUACGUUAGACCCACUUAACUAUCCAUUAUUUUGUAUGUAAUUUACGUGCUUUCAUAGUUGUUUUUUAUAUAGACUUUCAAUUAUAUUUGAGUAAUAUUUUAAACUUACUAUAGUUUGAAAGACAUGAGAGUAAAAUGUGAGGUGCGGCCGUGGAAACUUAGGCCUAAAAAUUGACCCCAAAUAUUUUAUAUAUUCUCAUAUAUUAUACACUUUUGGGAUAUCGCUUAUAUCGACUAAAGAUUUUUCAUAUGUUAAUGUUGAAGUUUCCUUUACAGAUAUAAAAAGUCAUGUACUUAAUAAUUUUAAAGAUUCAAAUUCAAAUUUAAAGCUUUAAUCCAUCUUGACAUACAACGAAAUUUUUAAAACAAUAAUUUUAAGUAUUUUUAAUAUUAUAAAAAAAUAUUUCGUGCCAUAUACGAUAUUAUUGACAUUGUUUAUAUUUAUUUAUUAUAUUAUAGUUAUAUAUUAUAUUGAUUAUUUGUAAAGUUAGUUACAUUACAUCAACGUAUAUGUAUUAUUGAGAACUUAAACCAAUCUGAAACGACCGCACCUCGGCUAGUUGUCGUAAUUGACUUAUAUAUAAAUAGUUCUCUCAUCUCGAGAGUUACCUCGUAAGCUUUUAGAUAAUUUCGACUGAAUAUCGUACGAUAAACGAUCAUUUUUGUACUUAAUAUGAAAAUAAAUUGAGUCACUCUCCGGCUUCAGCACGGCCUUCCCUAUCGUAGUUCGUACGAUGUCAAACUUAUAUAUUUAUUAUUUUCUAUUCAUUUCUGACUGAAAAUUCCAAGUUUCGUUCUAUUAAUGAACGUUGAAUUCAUACAUCUAUUAUCUCUUUCUCUCAAACGAUGUGUGACAGAGACGUUUAUUAAUUUAGCGAUAAUAGUUUCUAGGACGUUUUUAAAGUGACGUUUAGUUGGCUGACCUGACAGCUAGAUUUAGACUUAACGCUGCAGGAUUUAAGAGGCUUCUUACUUAUGUUGUUGUUAGUGUAACGGCACGUAUUUUUCAAUUUAUGAGCUUAAUAGCUGUCGUAGGUCGUGUCGAGUGUUGCCAAUUUGUGAACAGUCGAUGAAUAAUGUUAUCUGUUCUGACGUGUAACAUGGAUUUGAAAGAUGGAAUUUUAAAAAUUGACCAUAAUUUGUAAUAAAAAAAAUAUAUAAAUAUCAUGGAAUAAGUAUUGAUGACUAUAUAAAAUAUAUACUGUAUUAUAUAACAAUUGUUGUUGAAACGUUACUUUCAACACGUUCACAAAGAAUCAAGAACAUAUGUUUAAUGAGAUACAUGUUACACGUACCUCUCCUCUGCCGCGUAACUCACGAGUGAGCUACGUUUAAUAGACACUAGACAAGACAACCCCUCCCCCCUCGACCAUUGACAACUUCGACUUAGAAAGUUACCGACCUAGAUAGUAAUUUAUUUUCAUACAACACCUAUAUUACCUACAAUAAAAACAGUGAUCUUAUAUUUGUGUAUAUGUAAGUUUAUAUAGUUGCAUUUUAAAAGUCGAUACAAUGAAUUAUUUAAAUUAAAAAAAAAGAAUUAUAAAUAAAUAGAUGUAUUAUAUACACUAUAGAUAUACAUAUGUCUAUUUUCCGUAGUUUGCUGGUUCCGAGUUAGUGUUGACAGUUAACGACAAUAUAUCGAUUAGAUAGUCUUUUUAUUCGAUAAAUCGUAUCGCGUUCGGAUAAUCGUGAGAAUCGAUACGAUAAUCCGAUCGCCCUAAUAGUGUAUCACUAGGUGUUACGUUCCCGUGGACCGAACCGACGGCUUAAUGUUAGGAGCCUAUAUAUUUAGCACUUUAAUAUUAAGUAGUAUAAGAGCGUCUUUAGUUUGCAAUGUAGACAUGUUUGAACUUGUACACAGACGGAACCAAUGUAAUAGGCUAAUGUGUAUUCUUAUCGAAUAAACGCUAAGAUCGCGCUGACUCAUUCUCUGUUCCUGUCGCGCGUAUUGAUACUCGUUAAGCUGGACAAGGACAGAGUGCGUGUUUAGCGCUUAAAAGCGUUUAGAAGUAAGACUCAAGAGAUCUAUGUAAUUUUUAAGUAUAUAGAAAACUAUAAGACUUUUCUUUACGAACCUGGCCUUACUUUCUUGUUACUGUCUAGCUUGUAGACAAUAGAUAGCGUAGUUAUAUUUGAGCCCCCCCCCCCUUCCUUCUCUAUAGUGCCGCGUAUCUUUAGGUAAUUAAAUUAGUCACUAAUAACAAUGUACAAUAAUAAACACCCUCUCUGCCUUAGUGUGCGACUUUUAUCCCUAAAGCGAAUAUCACGUUAGAUGUUUUAUGACUUGUAAAUACGAAUACGGCUAAUGUAAAGAAAUAUUCAGCACUAUGGAAAUCUUAAAUUCCUAACAAUGGUCCAAACUUCAUUCGCUUUUUUAUUUGUACUAUACGAUUAUACAAUUUCUAUUUAGAUAAAUAAAUAAUAAUUAGGUCUAUAGAUAUGUCUUACGCUUUAAUUUUAUUUUAUAGUGUAAAACGUGUAUUUGAUGAAAUGCUUAAUUUUCAUAAUCAAAGUUUUAUGGAGGUUGAUACCAAAUGCAGUAUUUUUAUUUUAUACUCUACA